CGCACACGAUCGGUUGUGGUUGUUCGUUAUUUAUCCGCCGUUAGUUCGAGUAAUCUCCUCCACACUGCUCUGAUCAGGUCGUACGUCAUCGCCAGACGUGUUGUUCGAUUGAUUGUAUUGCGAAUAAUACGAAAAAAAAUCUACGAGUACAAAAACCUCGUAUCUAUAAUUUUCCACCAAAGACCAACCAAGACCUAAUCGGGAAUGACGACGAACAUGUCGAGGAGUCCGCGCCCGCUGAAAAUAACCAUCGUGGGCGACGGCAUGGUGGGCAAAACCUGCAUGCUGAUAACCUACACACAGAACGAGUUUCCCGAGGAGUACGUACCCACAGUGUUCGACAAUCAUGCCUGCAACAUAGCCGUAGACGAUCGGGACUAUAAUCUGACCCUCUGGGAUACGGCCGGUCAGGAGGACUACGAAAGACUGCGACCACUGAGCUAUCCAAAUACGAAUUGUUUCCUGUUGUGCUAUUCGAUCAGCAGUCGCACCUCGUUCGAGAACAUUAAGAGCAAGUGGUGGCCGGAGAUCCGUCACUUCUCCAGUCACGUGCCCGUGGUGCUGGUGGGCACCAAACUGGACCUGCGCAUCCCCAACUCGGAGAAGUUUGUGACCACGCAGGAGGGCAAGCGACUGCGCAAGGAGAUUCACGCCGCGAACCUAAUCGAGUGCUCUGCCAAGAAGAAACAGAACCUUCAGCAGGUCUUCGAGGAAGCGGUUCGCGCCGUGGACAAGGCACCAAGAAGAACGUCGUCCAGGACAUGCAAAAUACUGUGAACUAAGUGUAUGCCUAAUGUUUAAUAUUGUUAUUAUGCGUAAUGUAUUAUGUAACUAAUUCGUCUGACCACAUGUGCUUUGUUUUGGCAAAAGAAAAAACUGUAGAAAAUUUAA